AUGAGCAAUCUUUACGACGUUAUCAUCGCGGGCGCAGGCCCAGUUGGACUCUUCUUAGCCUGUGAGCUAGCGAUGGCAGAUGUGUCUGUACUGAUGCUAGAACGCGAGCCCGAACCCAACUCUCCUUCGAAGAUUGGACCACCGGGUAUGCGAGCGUUAAACACAGCAUCUAUGGAGGCGUUCUACCGACGCGGACUACUAGACAAAGUCACACCUCCAAGCAAGCGACCGCCAAACUUCCAGAAGAAACCCGGGUUUCAGUUCGCUGGCCACUUUGCUGGCAUAUGGCUAAACGCCAAUAGACUCGACUUAACACGAUUCAAAUACCGCAUCCCGGGACCAGCACUUGAUCUCAGUCUUAAUCCUGCGUCGAUAGCAGGGAUCGAGGCUGUACUAGCACCGCGGGCUGAGAGCCUCGGGGUCACUAUACUAAGAGGGAAGAACGUCACGGGGGUCUCACAAGAUGAGGAUGCCGUCACAGUGAAAGCAGGAGAUCAGGAAUUCUACGCGAAAUGGCUCGUUGGAUGCGACGGGGGACGAAGCACGGUACGUAAGGCCGCAGGCUUCGAGUUCGUCGGGACAGAACCAACAUUUACCGGCUUCGCUGUUCAAGCCGACCUAGACCAGCCCGAGAAACUGAAGAUAGGCUUCAACCCGACCGAAGACGGCAUGUAUGUCAUGAUGAGAGCGGGUAACUUCCAUCUGCUAGACUUCGACGGCGGCUUCUUCGACCGCACGCAAAACGUCACGGAGGAACAUAUCCAGGACGUUGUCGGCCGCGUAACCGGCACAGACGUCAAGAUCGCAAAGCUCCACCACGCCUCCUCCUUCACCGACCGAUGCAAGCAAGCAGCUAGAUACCGCAACGGCCGCGUUCUCCUAGCCGGCGACGCCGCGCACAUUCACUCGCCGCUCGGCGGACAGGGCCUGAAUCUAGGUCUAGGAGAUGCCGUCAACCUAGGCUGGAAGCUAGCCGCGACAGUCCGGGCUUCCAGGUCCCGUUACGGACCGGUGGAUCUCAGUCUCCUCGAUACGUACGAGCAAGAGCGGCGUCCAUUUGCGGCGUGGGUGCUAGAAUGGACGCGCGCGCAGGUGACGGUUCUGAAACCUGGGCCGCACGGCGCUGCUCUUCGCCAGCUCGUGAGCGAUCUAAUCGACACGGAUGAUGGCCAUAACUUGUUCCUCGGCCGGGUCUGGGGCUUGUCUCAGCGGCAUGAUCUCGGCGAUCCGCAUCCUUUAGUUGGUGCUAGCGCUCCGGAUUUCGAGUUUAGCGAUGGGUCAAGGCUGGGGCCUAAGUUGGAGGGAGCGCGAGGUCUUAUUGUCGACUUUGGUGAUGAUGUAAGGCUCAAGAAGCUGGCUGGGGGGGACCAGUUGGGUCUUAGUGCCUUGUUGGUUCGACCCGAUGGUAUUGUUGCUUGGGUGACCGAGGAGAGUCUCGAUAUUGAGGGGGCUAAGGCUGCUUUGGCGCGUUGGUUCUGA